ACUUCAAUAUGCUUUGUGCGCUCAUGGAAGAUAGGAUUUGUAGCAAUGUGAAUGGCUGACUGGUUGUCACAAUGUAGAGCAACAGGCUUCAAAUUGUGCACCCCUAGUUCUUCAAGAAGUCGAACAAUCCAGGUAACUUCAGCAGCAGCUUGAGACAUUGCUCUAUAUUCUGCUUCAGAAGAACUUUUGGAGAUGGUUGAUUGCUUCUUCGAUUUCCAACUAAUAGGAGAAUUUCCUAGUAGUAAAACAUAACCAGUAACAGAUCUCCUUGUUGUUGGACAGGCUGCCCAAUCUGAAUCAGAAAAAGCUUGCAAGGUGAGCUGUUCUGUAGCCCUGAGUAGAAUACCUUGACCUGAAGUGGAAUGAAUGUAUCUGAGAGUGUGAGUCAAAGCUUCAAUAUGUUGCAGAGUAGGAGAGUGCAUAAAUUGACUCAAACAUUGAACAGCAAAGGAGAUAUCUGGUCUUGUGUGAGUGAGAAAAUUCAGCUUGCCAACAUAACAUCUAUAUAGUUCUGCAUUGUGAUAAGGUGUUCCUUCAGUGGUGAGCUUUAGAUUGAGAGGAAAUGGAGUCACAACAGGUUUGGAAAUGUCCAGCUCACAAUCUUGAAGAAGUUCCUUGGUAUACUUCUUUUGAGUAAGAAUAUAACCUUCAUUGGUAUGACUGACUUCAAUACCAAGAAAAAAAUUAAGAACUCCCAAAUCCUUAAUGCUGAAUGUGAGAUGCAAAUGUGAUUUCAGGGCAGCAAUUUUAUCCUCAUUGGAUCCUGUGAUGAGGAUGUCAUCAACAUAUACAGCCACCACAGUCAAAUCACCAGAAUCUUGUUUGAUAAACAAAGAGUAAUCACUUUUAGACUACUUAUAACCCUGUGACUUUAGUUCAGAGUGUAAUCUAGCAAACCACUGCCUUGAUGCCUGCUUUAAACCAUAUAAAGACUUGUUGAGUUUGCAAACAAAACCAGGUGGGGCAGUAACACCCACAAGAAUUUUCAUAUAGACUUCCUCAUCAAGGUGUCCAUGAAGAAAAGCAUUGUUGAUAUCUAGUUGGAAAAUUCUCCAAUUCUUACUGGCAGCUAGGCUGAUUAAACACCUGACAGUGGACAUUUUGACAACUGGAGAAAAGGUCUCAUGAUAGUCAAUGCCAUACUUUUGAGUAAACCUUUUUGCUACCAACCUUGCUUUAUAUCUCUCAAUUGUUCCAUCAGCAUGUUUUUUAAUUCUGUAAACCCACUUGCACCCUAUUGCCUUCUUUCCUUUAGGAAGCAAAACAAAAUCCCAUGUAUUGCUCUUCUGUAAAGCAGUAAUCUCAUUGUCCAUAGCCUGUAUCCAUUUAGAAUCUGUUGCAGCCUCAGUGUAAGAAGUUGGUUCAACAAGUUCCAUGUGUGCAGCAAUUAGCAAUCUGUGUUGAAUUGGUAGGCUGUCAUAUGCUACAAGAUUACACCAAUGCUUUGUAGGCUUAGAACAUAUGAAAUCUUGUAAGUGAGCAGGUGGUUUGGAAGGUCUGGUAGAUUUUCUGGGAGCUGGGGGUUCAGUUGGUGGACUGGUAGAUAGAAUGGGUGUAUCAGCAGUAGAAGGAGAAGUGUGUAAAAUAUCAGCAGAAGAAGAAGUAGGAGAAUUGGAGUUGGAGUGGAUUUGUGAGGUUUGAGGAUUACUGAAGAUAUUGUGAGGCUGGUCUAGUGAAGUGGAUGGUGUAAAAGAGAUUUCUGUAGAGAAAGGAGUCACAACAGGCAAGAAGAAUUUAUUUGAGUAGGUAGUAUUUGGAGAGUUUGAAAAAUGAAAGGGAAAAUGUUUUUCAUGAAACACUACAUCCCUAGAAACAACAAAUUUGUGUGUAGCUAAAUUUAGUACUUUGUAGGCCUUUUGAUGAGGUGGAUACCCAACAAGAACACAGGGUUCAGCUCUUGGAUCAAACUUAGUUCUAUGAGUUUUAGAAGAGCUGAUAUAACACAAACAACCAAAGACUUUCAGAUGAGACAAGUCAGGUGGCGUUUUAAACAGCUUUUCAUAUGGAGUGCUGAACUGUAUGCUUUUGAGAGGCAUUCUAUUUAUCAAAUAAGUAGAUGUAAGAAUGCAUUCACUCUAAUAUUUGUCAGGUAGUUUAGCUUGAAAUGAGAGAGCUCUGGCAGUUUCUAGGAGGUGUUUGUGUUUUCUUUCAACAACACCAUUCUGUUGAGGUGUGUUGCUACAACUUUUCUGUUGUACAAUCCCCUUUUUGAGAAACAAAUCUCUCAUUGCACCUUCUGUCAAGUCUAAUGCAUUGUCUGACCUAAUCUGUUUCACUGUAAGACCAAACUGAUUCUCAACAUAUAAGAAAAAAUCAUGCAUAAUUUUGACAGAAUCAGUUUUAUUUCUCAUCAAGUGAGUCCAUGUCAUUCGAGUGAAAUCAUCUACAAUAGUGAGAAAUUGAUUACACUUGGAACUAUCAUGCACAGAGUAGGGUCCCCAUACAUCAAUGUGAAGUAAUUCAAAGGGUUGCACUGUCUUAAUACUACUUACAGGAAAAGAAGAUCUGGUUUGCUUAGCCAAUGGACAAAUUUGACAGAAACUUUCAGCUAAACAGCCCUUAACAUCAAUGCCUUUGAUGUUUUUUAUUUUCUCAAAAAGGUAUAUGACCUAAUCUAAGGUGCCAAAGUUUUGCUUCUUCUACUGCAGAGAUGCUUGAAAGAGCAUGCUUAUUGAAACUGUUGUUAGACACCAAUAGACCAUCAUUUAGACUGUACAAUCCAUUGUCCAAUCUACCAAGCAGAGUAUGCUUGUUCUGUGAAAGGUCCUGUGCAAAACAUUCACCAUUUGUAAACAACACAGAACAAUUAUUAUCAGAACACAACUUAGAGAUUGAGAUCAAGUUAAACUGGAACCCUGGCACAUGAAGAACAUCCUGAAGAACAAUAGUUCCUAAAUCAAUUUGACCUUUAUGUGUGACUGACAAUUCAGUACCAUUAGGAAUGGUAAUUGUGUGUAAUCUGUCAGUCAUUAGUUCUGUGGUUUUGAACAUGCUUAGGUCUGAACACAUAUGAUCACUAGCUCCACUAUCCAAUAUCCAUGUGUUUUUAAAUUUAGAUAAAAGACAGAAUGUACCUUUCAUGUGAGAGGUGGUUGCUAGACCAAGUGAACUAGAGCCAUGAUGUUCAUCUUGACUAGCAGUCUUGUGAUUGUUGUGACUAGCAAGAUAGCUAAGCAACUGAUUGUAUUUCUCCUCAGUAAAAGUAGCUUGUACAGUUCCUGAUUCUCCUUUUGUUUCUUUCUCCUGAUUCUCCUCAAGUUGAGCUGUUGCAGCAACUCUCUUUCCCUUGCCUUUGAAAUCCUUAGGAUAUCCAUGUAAUUUCCAGCACUUCUCCACAGCAUGAUUCUUCAUUUUGCAGUGCUCACAGUAGAGAUUGUUUCUUGUAUAGGUAUAGUUUCUUGAUUGGUUUCCAUUUGCUGUAUUGAAUGAUCCUGAACCAGAAGCAUAUGGAGGUGAUCUGUAUGACUUGUUGUCAGAAAACCUUCUUGCUGUGAACACUGUGGAUUCUGAAUUGUGAAUUCUACUAUUAUUGACUUCCUUCUGUUGUUCUUCCUGCAAAAGAAGUCCACAUGCUUUUGAAAUAGUUGGCAAGGGACUCAUCAUGAGUAUAGUGCUCUUUGAAUGAUCAUACUUCUCAUUCAAUUUCAUCAAGAAUUGAAUCAAUCUUUAUUCUGUUGAGACUUCAAUAGCUGUUGAGUUAAAGUGCAGCUACAACCUGUGCAGAUACAUGAAGGUAAAGGAUCAAGUCCAUCAAGUUGAUCCCAUAAUAGCUUUAUCUUAGUGAAAAAACUUGAAAUCUGCUCAUCAUCUGCUUGACUCAAAUCACACAAUUUCUGUUGUACAGAAAAGAGUUGUGGUCCAGAUGACUGACAAAAUCUCUCCUCCAGAUCAAGCCAUAUUUCUCUUGCAGUUUUGAGGUACAACACACUUCUUGCAAUUGAAGGCUCUAAGGAAGAUAGCAUCCAAGAAAUUACUAAGUCAUUACAUCUGUUCCAGAUUCUGUGAUUUGCUAAAUUACUUGCUGGUUGAUUGAGACUGCCAUCAACAAAACACAACUUAUUCCUUGCUGAAAGUGCAAUCACCAUGGAACGCUUCCAGUCAUUGAAGCACUUUCCAUCAAACACAAUGCUAACCAAUUUGGAAGCAUUAAGAUCAUGACUACUAAGAUAAUAUGCUGAAUUAGGAUUAGUUGCAGAAUCUUGAUCAGCAGGCAUCUUUGAAGAAUAUUCAAAAAAUAUCGAUUGAGAAAUGAGAAAGAGAUUUUGAUCAAACUUAGUGAUUUAUGAGAAAUUUCGAUCAAAAAUUAUUUGAUCAGGCUCAGUGAUUCAAUGACUGUAUUUGAUGUACUGAGAAGAAGAUGUACCCAAAAAAAAUUUGGCGGAAAAAUUGCAGCAGGAUCUAUUGAUCACUGCUCUGAUACCAUGUCAGAGUUCACCUAUUUGGGAUGAACUUCUGCAAAGAAAACUGACUAGAGAGAGAGAGAAAUAGAGAGAACUAUUUUCUGUUAUUGAUUGAAUGAAUUAAGGAGUACAAGCUGAGAGUAUAAAUACAUUAGGAUGAGCUACAUUGAUGAUGUGUUAGCACCAAUCAUAAACGUGCAUUGGUACACAUCAGCUAGGCUAAUUAUUACACCAAAAAUCAGUUAUAACUAACUCCCUUGAACUAAGGCAAAUCAGUUAGGAAUGUUCUAGAAGAAAUGAUUGUUGCAGCCUUGCUUGUUUGCUGUUGUUGUGAUCAUGUUGCUGGCAGUGUUGCUGAGCUGAGCUGAAUACCAACACAGUUACUCAUCCAUGUCUCAACUGCAUAUGUUUGUGGAGAGAAGGCAGGAUUAAUAUCUGAAAAUCCGUAUGCCAUGGGUGAGACUCUUAAUGGUGCGAUUGAUUUGGAUAUUGAUUGUGAAAAGAAGCUUUCUGAACGUACUUUAAGCGAUCUUAAAGCCAGGGAUCUUCCGGAUAAGACAAUUAGACAAAUGAUGAAGGACUUGGGAAAUCAAAGGGCAAAACUAUAUGGAUGGCCAAAUACAUACGUAUUUACUAAGGCAAUGGGAGAGAUGUUUGUAGCGCAACUAAGAGGCAAUUUACCGGUGGUUAUCAUGAGGCCUACCAUUGUGUGUAGCACAAUUAAAGAACCCUUCCCUGGUUGGGUUGAAGGUGUCAGGACUAUUGAUAGUGUGGCUGUUACCUAUGGAAAAGGAAGUCUUAGUUUCUUCCCUGCUGGAAGAUACUCUGUCUUAGACUUGAUACCGGCUGAUAUGUUUGUGAACUCGAUGAUUGUGGCUAUGAAAGCCCAUAUAAACCAAGCUUCUUUGACUAUAUACCAAGUGGGGAGUUCAUACAGAAAUCCAGUUACUUUUAAUGAGUUACACGACUUUCAUUUUCGCUACUUCACCAAAAAUCCAUGGAGCAAUCGCCAAGGCAUCCCUGUCAAAAUUGGCAAGGGUUUGGUAUUGAGCAAUCUAAUGAUAUUCCAAGUCAUUCUCUAUAUGUUCCAUGUCAUGGUGAAGACGAUGUUAAUGUUUGUUACUAGAAUGGGUUGUUAUAAGUUACAACAUAUUCUGUAUAACCUUGACAAAAAGCUGCAAGUGGCUACGAAAUUGGUGGACUUGUACAAACCCUAUCUAUUCUUCAAGGGCAUUUUCGUAGACACGAACACGCAAAGGUUGAUCGAAACUGCCCGUGAAAAUGGUUUGGAUGAAGAUGUGUUCAACUUUGACCCUUUGUCCAUCAACUGGAAUGACUAUUUUGUCAAUGUGCAUCUUCCCUCAAUUGUUAAAUAUUUAUAUAUGUACUCUCAUAUAUUUGCUAUGGUUAUUUCAUCUCAUCUUGGUCUAUCUUCUCAAACUUGAAAAACUAGUGAAAUACACUUUAAUUCUAGCUUCAGCUUCUUUCAGAGAAAAAUUAGGACAAGUUGUUUACGCAAUAGUGCUACUUAACAAGUUCAUAUUUAAUUUGUCCAUUAAUAAUCUUAUUAAGUGCGUGAUCAAACUUCCGAAUUA